AUGGCGGCCAAACAUCAAUCAGUCACAGAAAGCGUCAUGGCGGCGGCUCCGCGCAGCCUUCCAGCCCGUCGUGCGUACCCUGACGCGGACCGUAGAGAGCUGCUUCAAGAGCCUUCUUUGAUGCAGCAACCCGCUGAAGACCCGCCGUUCAAAACGCUUGUGUCACUCCUGAAUUCGUCCUGGAUGGCAAGUGACGUAUUCCAAAGAAGCGGGGAGCAAGCUCUCGCUGACCAGUCCCUAGCACUCGCAGAGGACAAGAACCCCAAAAGUGGAACUACAGGGGUUGCUAGCGAAUUUCUGCAAAUGCUGCCUCUCUUUCCCAUCGCGAGUGAACCUGCUUUGUUCGUUGAUCUUCGAACUUUCGCGAUUAGGAUGUGCGGAAUGAGCAGUAAGCCGUGGAACGAGAAGCCGAAGUUCGAGGCGGGAGCCCCACCAACAAAAGAUGAAUCAACGCAGCUGGACAGUUCCCAUAUGUAUCGGAACGUCGAGCAUGAUCGCGCAGACGUGGACGAAGCAACACUGCAGGUCAUUUCGAUCGACUGGUCGGCGAUUCGACAGGUGAAACGCGCUGAAAACCCGCCUUGGCGAGACAAUUCAUGGCAUUCUAGUUCAGGACCGGAGAAUGGCACCGACCUGAAAUCUGUUAGAGACAGUGCGCGGGUAUCAGGCGCGCAGACCACUGCAAGCUACACUUCUCACUCACUCCCGUGGGACUCCCAAGUGCGUAAAUCCUCUGGUUCGCCACUCCCACAAGAGACAAUCUUGCCUUCACAAAGUGGUCAAAAUAAAGAAACCGGCGUCUUUUUGAAUCGUGGACCACCCGAGGCGGUAGUCAAAUCUCGACCAACAGUGGUGGCAUAUGGUCAAGCUCCUGGGUCAACGGAAAAGCUUGUUCCACGCGUGACAUUGAAUGCACAGUCUCCGUCUUCUCUCUCCUGGUCUUCGAACAAUACACGGCAACCAGAUAACGGGGGGCCUUCUACAAGGGAUGGUCGGCUGAGCUCCGUAGCGGCUACGUUUGCCAGUGCGGCACGGGCCGCUGAGCAGGCGACAUCUGAGGCAGACCAGCUAGAUGUGAAUUUCAGCUACUCUCCACCAAGUGAAGCCCCAGGUAGCGAACGGGAAAGGCUGCACGGAGAGGGGAAGCUACCGGGUGCUCCCGAAAAACAUGGAUGGAUUGCUCUGCUUCGCUGCAUUCGAAAACGAGAAGACGGGGCAGAAGAAAAGGUUAAUGCGGCGAGCAUCGAACGAUCCGGCCAAACCCUCUCCGCGGGGUCCUCGAAUGCGCCCGAGGCGGAACUGUUGGUCGAAAACGCCCUCCUGGGUCUCGUCCCAGUACACUUGGUUCCUGCGCCAAAAGCUGUGCAGAACCACAUUUUAAAGAGCACGAAAGCAGGACAUGAUAGUAGAGGUGAUCUACAUGCCAGCACUGGCGGUCUCGGCGAAGGUGCGAACAACGAUAGCGACAGUGAGAGGUCAAGCGGCUUCAUGCCAUCGUCUCGCGAGGGCAUCGUCUCCGACUUAUCUCCCCGGUCAAUUAAUCCUUUCCUCAAUACCGCACCAAGGCAUGCGGUGCUCCGUUGGGCGGCACCAGAAGCGCGAGCGUGGGUCGAGGGAAUGCUACUCUCUCGAGGCAGGCUAACACAAGACCACGCGUUACGCAAAGACUCUCCUGUAUUCGCUUUCACGUCAGCCUCUGAACCAGGAAACCAAAUGAUCCCUGAUGGCGAAAAACGCCGCCAUGCAUCGGAGCACGAACAGCAUCCGAGAGCGAGACGCAUACAACAAACGAAUCAUAAGGAGAAGCGCCGAGAGAGUGGUGAUGCGGUGCCUCGGUGGUCGCAUCUGUCUGGCUAUCUCCGUAAAGAUAAACAGCCAGCGGACGAGGGCGGGGAAGGCGGUGUGGAGUUACCCGUCUGGGUUCUUGAUGUUCCUAUACACAAGAUCAUGGAGGUUAGGAACAACGGCAAGUCCAGCCCUGACUGCUCACUCCGUGCUGGGAUGCGUCAAACAGGCACCCCCCCAAAUGCCGCCAACAUGGAUGGACUCCCCGCUGCAUGUGGCGCUAGCGCCUUCUGGCAUCCCUCGGUAGGCCGGCCUCUGUCAGCUCAGUUGCAUCUCGACGGCUUUCGGGAGCAGUGCCGGCUUCUGCGCAGGAGAAGCGCCGAGAGGAACGGAACAGCGGAACAAACGAAGUCGCCGGUGGGAAACGCCGGCAGGACGAAGUAUCCCUCCUGUGGUACGGAUCUGCAAGACAUGGACAUGAUUGUCAUGCUUGCCGGCGUGGAAAGCCCGAACCCGCGAGAUACAGACGAGAGAGCUGAUGCGCGUUCUAAAGCAGCACUGUCUCGCUUGCGUUUUCCGCAACCCAGCACAGUCCCGAAGGAACAGUCCCACUCAAAGUGGACAGAAACUCUUACGAAUGAUAGUAGCCGCAAAAUAUGCGGCACGUCUCCAAUGCACGUUGCUGAACACGGAGAGGACACGCUCUGGGUAAAAUGCUACAGAGGAUGGCCGGAGACGUUGCACACUGUAAGUUUGACGGGGCCAGAGCUUUCACUGGGCGAUGAUAUACCCAUACCAGUUUUCAUGGGAGGAUUCACUUCGAACAGGUAG